GUUGCUCUAGAGGGUGCAGCGUAAAAGAAGAAAUAAUGACAUCAAUAACCGAUCGGGAGUUCGUGGAUCCCGGUACGCUAAGAAGUUUCGCGAGUUCCGAAGUGGCGUUCUGUGUUGACGAGGAUGAGGGUGGCGGUGAAAGCGACGAUGCGAAACCCGAGGACCUAUCAGAGAAUUCCGUUGCGCCGGACGAUGGUUCCGUAGCGCCGGACGAUGGUUCCGUACUGCAAUCGACCCCAGUGAACGGACCGCCACCGAGUCACGAAGCUAGUCUCCCGUCUGCGAUAAAAAGUUUGCCAGUGGACGAUAUCGGGAUCGUCAAUCUCCCUAAGAGAGCGCAGAAGAGCAAGAGCAUAUUCUCCAGAUUGUCAUCCAUAGCAGAGAAAUCCUUCAGCUCACCUCUAAGGACGAAACGCACGCCCUCGGACAUCAUAGAAGAACCCGAUCUCGAAACGGUUCCUUUCGACGAGAACAACAACACCAUGGGGAGUCUCGACAGCCACCCACGCACUCCGCCUGGAGACGGGACGACGCUACCCGAGAGUCACUGUGGAUGCACCGAAUGCAAGGAAGCAGUGGCUCAGGACCGGGUUGCGUUUUGUGAGCGAGCGAGUGAAAUAUCAUGUUCGUUGGCGAGUCUCACAACGACCCACAACAGUCCCCGAGCUACGAAAGAGCCUUUCGGAAAAUUCCCUGUCAGCGAUGAAGAAGACAAUGAUGAUGCAAAUACGAGUAUUCUCUGCGAAGAGAAACCAGAGCGGAACCCCAGGAUCAGUGACGGCGUUCAACGACUCUCGAAAUUUUUGCACUCUACGGUGAGAGCAGGUCGAAAGUCAAUCAGCAAAAGCAAUAGCAGGAGCGGGUUCGAUUCUGAAACAUCUUCGAAUACGAUUGGCGCUCGAUCCUGCCGAACAUUCCACGGAGAAGAUUCACGGUCCAUCCGAGAAAACGUUUUCCUCUCGAGAUGUUUGAGGAAACUGGCUUCUGCGGUCUCAAUCCAUCGUUACAGCCACGAAACAGGAUCAAUUAAGACCGAUAUCGAUGACGGUAGUAUCGAUAACGAUCAAAUCAGCGUUUCGAAUAAUUCCUUGAUGUUUGUCCUGCUAUCGCCUAAACCAGGCGAAGUCGAGUUCGACCACCUGAUUUGGGGCAGCGGUGACGAUAACGGCUCCCAGAAGGUGCCGAGAGAUCCGGCUCUGAGGAGUGUUCUUGAAGAACUGCGGAGCAUAAUGCUGACUCAGGAAGUUGUCGUCAAGCAAGCGUCGAAAGCUCUCGAUGAGUGCAGCAGCCUCGUGAGGAAGCAAGCCGAUGGAAUUAUUUUCGCCGAGCAGCUGCUCAAUAUCGCGUCUCAAAGCUACUUUUCGGCUGAGCGCGAACUCCAUCGUCUUCUAGACGGCGGGGUAUUCGAGCCUCAGAAGGACCAUGUUGCGCUCGAGAAAAUUAGCUUCCAACUUCCAGAGUUCAGAUCGCCGAUUAAUCUCCUGCAGUCCUAUUUCCUCGUUCUCGUAAAAUGCGGUCACCGACUCAGAUCGAGCGAGCUCAUUUGUGUCGCUUCUCUGAGAGAGCGAUGGCUAACCGUGGAGAAUUGGAAACGCUACACCGAGGAUAAGGAUCAAAACACGGACUGCGUCUUCGAGUUUAACCGGCCCGACUGGAGAAUUGACAUCGAAGUCUAUUUUGUUUGUAAACGAAGACGAGCCAGUCUUGCCUCUUUGGAUCGAAUCGCCCGCCUGAUGGACAAUCGAGGCCCACCGUCGCGGGAGAUGGGAUCCAAUCGAAACGUUGAAGUGCGGAAAAGCUCCUUCGGGCUCCUGGGGAAAGCCACGCUCUCCAAGGAAGACAUCAUCGAAAAAAGCGCCGUCUACCUCACGCAAUCCCAUGGAUAUGCACCUUUCCGGAGUCAGAUAUUCUUCGAGGGAAAGGCUUUCGUUCACUCAAGAGUAUCCUACGAAGCUUACUUGAUCGUGAAAGAUUUCAAUGGGAGGUUCGGCUCGAAAGGUCAGAUGAGAACAUUCUCUGCGAGGCUCUCCAAUCAGCGACUGGACUUCUUCGAGAGAUAUGACAACUCCGACGAGAAGGCGGAACCAAGGGAGACGAUUUUGCUCAACGAUAUCCCCGAAGAGAGCGUCGUCGUAGACAAUGAUGACUGCACCUACUUCUAUGACUUCACGCUGAAACUCAAUGAAUCGAAAGAAUCGUGGCUUCAUUUGUGCACGAAUUCCCGCGAGGACACCGACCUGUGGAUUGAUCAGUUAAGAUUAGCGCUCCGCGAGCCAAGCGUCACAGAUCUGCAAUCUCUCUCAUCCCGCCCAGAUGCGACUGUUCCCGUCAGACACUUCCAAUCAGACUUCUUGGAGUGA